AUAAGAAGCCGAAAGAGGUCCUGCUCGUUUUACACGGACCUGUUGCGUUUGAAUACGUUUUCACAGCAGACUGGGGCACUUUUUCAGUCCUCUAUCAAACCGACGAAGCUCACUCGAGGACUAGCACGAGAGCAGCGGCGUGUUGAGGAAACCUGAACGAAAUCAGAACUUUUUAUUCGCCGUUUUAUUUCCUCGCUGCCCAAUGAAGAGAAGAGCUGCUUCUCCACGAUCUUUUAAAUCGUUGUUAUUCGCUGCACCAGCUUCAGUCUCGGCGCUUACAAGGUCGACUCCUUGGGUUGGAAGUCUAUCAGAUGAGUCGUGAACCGAGAGAUUCAUUGAUUUAGGUUCAGCAAGUGAAUCAGUCAAAUCUGCUCCUGCUCACUUGGGUAGACUUCCUGUCUGUAUGUCUGUACAUCUACUUUAAACAAAGUUUGUGGUUCAGAGUCCACGCCAGCAGCCCACGUAGCCCGAAGGUUGUGAGAAAAAGGCCCCACAUGGCUUCUAUCAGGAUGACCACUAGGAGCAAAUCUGAGGGAUGCCGUGUCUGUGGGUGUGAUCUGAAGGGUAAUCAACGACGAUGGCUCUUCGGGGGUCAGAACAGAAAAGGUGGCCAGGCUCCAACACCAACACCUCCUUUCUCCAAAGAGUCUGCCAGCACGCUGCCUUCGUCCAGGUCUUCCCAGAGCAGCCCAUGGGGUAGCACUUUGUCCCUUGGCUCCUCUUACAAAUCACAUACCCUGCCCACCCCUAACAAAGGAAUGGACCUGCUCUCUGUGCUGACACACAUAUUAGGACAGUCUGUACCACGGGGGAACAGGCGGGGGGAGUUCAUAUGCAGCAAAUGUGUUUUUGUGCUAGAGCGAGUGUUUAAGUUUGACACGGUCAUUGCCAGGGUCAAAGUUCUGUCCAGAGAGAGGCUUCAGAAACUGACUCAAGAAAGGGAUAACUUGAGGCGAUGGGUCCGAAGUAUUUAUAGACAGCGAAACCCUUCAGACUUGAGGAGCAGAGGAAGCUCUAGUGAAGAUGAUGCAGAGCUGAGAGAAGGUGGUUCAGGGAGUGCUUACAGAGAGCUGCUGAGGGACAACAUGGCUCUGUCUGCGUAUGAGUGCUGGUCUGAAAAAUCAGACUCGUGUCCUUACUUUAAAAGGACAGGUGAAAGAUGCGGUAAAGGGAAAAACUGUGAGUGCUGUGAUUCCUUAAGAGUGUCUGAUUCGGAUUAUGAGUCUGUGUGUGGGAUUCCACGUCACCUGCCCGAGCAAGCUCUGUCACCUUGUGGUCUGUCAUGGAACAAGUCGCAAAGUAUGCCUCUCCAUUGGUCUAGAGUUCUAUCAAGCAGCUCAAGUCCUGCCUCGUUGGCUGGUUCUUGCCAUUCGUUACGAGUACGAUCUCGCACAGGCUCAGCACAGUCCCUGGACUCUCUGGAUGGUCCUGAUCCAUUUGACUGGCUAGAAGAACAGCCAGUAAACAUGGACUCCAUUCUCCAAGAGCUGAAGGGUAUAGAAGGAAAACCAGUACAGUCUCCAGCAGGCAGUCGCAUCCCAGUUUUGGGCAGAGCUCAAGAACAGAAUGGUGUUGGGACAGCUGGGUCACCUAAAGUCGAGUUAGUGCGGGUAUUGAAUUUUGGUGACCAGCAGGAGGAUGACGUGGAUGGAGAGAGUGAGGAUGUACUGACAGAACUGAGGGAUGAGUUUGUGCCACUGCACAGAGGGGUCGCUACAGGCACAGUGCACCUCGCUGUAAGGCAGUUACGGGAGCAGUUGGAUCAAGCACAAGCUCGCAUCAGGACCCUGGAGGCAGGGCUUCGGGAAGGCACCCAAUCAAACUCCAGUAAUGCCAAUCAGUCAGAGCCUUCGCUGUCAGUGCACCAACACAGCAGCUCUGAGGAUGAGAACGGACUGAUUCACCAUCUAAGCCAUUCGCUGCAAAGCAGAGAGCGAGUCAUUCAGGAAUGUGUUACUUUGAUCCAAAAGCUGUGUGUUGAGCUGGGAGCAGGGUUAGAAGAGGCUGAUAAGCUCAUCAGGAAAGUGACUCUGACUGAAACACGGUCGGAGCGUGAGGGUGUGUCAGAGGCUGAGUUUUCUGAGCUGAAGGAGCGUGAACAUGGGCUGCAAAAAGAACUGGAGACCCUCCAGCAGGCUGGCAAAGAACGGGAAAGAGACCUAUUCACUCUCAACACUGUGCUCCAGUGUAACCAGGAUGUCAUCAAUCAUUUACGUGUUGAGCUGGCUGAGAAGACACGAUCACUGCAGGACAUGCAGAAGGAGAGAGAGAUAUGGAAAGAUCGAGACUCUGCCAUGGGAGCAGCACUACAGGAAAAAGAGACUCUAGUUUCUCGGCUGCAGGAGGCGCUAAAGAGCUCCCGCAAAGAUUUUCAGGCACUCUCAGAUUCUUUGAUUAUUCGGGGACUGCCAGGAGGUGGAGCUGAGGCAGCUUUGGUCAGUCAGGUGCAAGAGAAGGAGACCCUGCUUGCAGCCUGCCUUAAAGACCAGGAGCAGCACACUGGUGCCAUGAAACAGGAGGUCUCCAGUCUCUUAACAGCUUUAAAAGAUGCAGAGACUGUAAUACAAGACCAAAGGCUAAGUCACCAACAAGCCAUUGCUGAACUGACGGAGCAGUUGAGAGACACACGCAAAGAGCUGAGGGAGGCCAUCAAAGAGAACAAGGAAGCAGAACAAGCAUGGCAUGCUGAAAAGGCAAAGAGAGAUAUAGAUGAGGGAAGACUGAAACAGAGUUUGCAGAAAAGGGAUAAGCUCAUUGAGCAAGUUCUCUUGGAUUCAGAGAAGCGGGAUGGCAUGCUAAUAGAACUGCAGCAAAACAUCUCCAGUAAGCUUGAACCCAGGGACGCCCUCAAACACACAUUAUAAGUUAUUUCACAGUUUUUCACAGAUAUGCACUGGACAACAUCUCAUGCUGUGUUUUGUAUCAUAUGUAUUUAAUGACGAUGCCAUAAUUUGACAGACUCUAAAUUGCACCCCGACUGGAAAAAGUCCCAUUUUCUUAUCUGCGUGGCUGCUAAGAUCACUUGUGAUCUCAGUUUCUUCUUGAAGUUCUUGCCUGUCAUGAAGCCUGAAUGCAGCCCAACACAUAUCAAAUGUACACCAACCACAGUGAUAUGGUAGCCAAGAUUUUUUUUUAUACUGCCUGCUAAAAUGUAACUGUUCCUUUCCAAGUCCUUAAGAUAAUUCUGGGUAUUCUUUCAUUCAUUUCUUUUUAUAUCUCGAGUUACUGCUGUUAUUGUGGCCUUCUUGAGUUCUGCUGUGCUUAUAUGUCCUUAUAUUGUACAUAAACUGCACCUAUUCAUGUUUAAAUCUUUAAUUUUCAUAGUUGAUAUUUUUUUAUUUGUCCUAUAAUGUCAUGGGCUAUUUUCUUUAUGGAUUUUAAUUUGUAACAUGUUUUAUUGUUGAUGUGUCUAAAGGUGAGGCUGCUUGGUUGGUUGGUUGGUUGGUUGGUUUGUUUGUUUGUUUGUUUGUUUGUUUUAUUUAUUUAUAGGGGAGUACAAAUUACACUUUACCCUCUUGUUCCUGUUUUCUUGACCUGUAGGCCAACUGCCUGUAAUUUGACCUGGAUCUCGGUUGAGGUCACUUUUAUUUCCGUGAUUUGUUCUUUCUGGAGAACGCGCAGAUCUCUAACAAUAAAGUCUGUUCAUAAAAAGCUCA